UAAGAUGUCCUGCCAGCAGAGCCAGCAACAGUGCCCGCCUCCUCCUCCCAAGUGCAAAACUCCCAAGUGCCCGCCUGUUUCUUCCUGCUGUGGCUCCAGCUCCGGGGGAUGUUGCAGCUCUGGGGGUGGCAGCUGCUGUCUGAGCCACCACAAGCCCCGAUUCUCUCUCCGUCGCCGACGUCACAGCUCUGGUUGCUGUAGCAGUGGUGGCAGCGGUGGCAGCAGCUGCUGUGGCAGCAGCUGCUGUGGCAGCAGUGGUGGCAGCAGCUGCGGCGGCAGCAGUGGGGGCAGCAGCUGCGGUGGCGGCGGCAGCUGCUGUGGCAGCAUUGGAAGCAGCAGCUGCUGUGGAAGUAGCUGUGGUAGCAGCGGCGGCAGCAGUGGGGGCAGCAGCUGCGGUGGCGGCAGCAGCGGUGGCAGCAGCAGCAGUGGCAGCUACUGUGGCAGUAGUGGCGGUGGCAGCAGCAGUAGCAGCAGCAGCCAGCAGUCUUCGGGCUCUGGCUGCUGCUCUGGAGGUUGCUGCUAAUCUGGGGAAGAAGACCAUGGAGAGCUUAGCUG